UGUCAAUAGUACUUGAAAUCAAGACCCGAGGAGAAAAUUACAGCAGUAUCGGAAGAGCCAAUACGCACGGCCGCCAUGGCUCAUGACAACAAUGUUACCGAUCUUGAUGUGGACGAUGAAGGUAUAGCAGAUAUGCACAGUAUAGUCCCAUCGAGCGUCAGUCUUCGUAAAUCACUUCUUGAGUAUCGCACCGAGAAUGGUAGGACGUACCACCGAUACAAGGAUGGAAAAUACAACCUACCCAAUGAUGAAAAGGAACUAGACAGGCUUGAUCUACAGCACCACUUAUGGCUUCUUGCUCUAGAUGACAAACUUGGCAUGGCCCCACCUUGCAUGGAGGGUGCCCAAGUCGGUCGGGUGCUUGACGUCGGAACUGGCUCCGGCAUCUGGGUCCUCGACUUUGGUGACGAGCAUCCUGAAUCUGAGGUAUAUGGUAUCGACCUGUCUCCAACUCUUCCAAUCUACGUGCCCCCGAACGUCAAAUUUGAAGUUGACGAUGCCGAGGAAGAUUGGACUUGGUCGCGGCCCUUUUCCUACAUCCAUAGCCGGGUGAUGACAUCCAGUAUUGGUGACUGGGAGCUCUAUUUACGUCGCUGUUUUGAUAAUCUUGAACCUGGUGGAUGGAUUGAACUACAAGAGUUCGAUCUCUUUCCGCGAUCAGACGAUGGCACCCUCACACCCUCGCAUCCUUUGAUGAGAUGGUGUAGUCUUCUACUUGAGGCAUCAGAGAAGUUCGGCCGCCCCUACGUCGAUAUCCCGCCACUGAAGGACCUACUUGUGGAGGUUGGAUUUGUGGAUGUAUCGCUCAGUCUAUGCAAGUGGCCUACCAACACUUGGCCCAAAGACCCAAAGUAUAAAGAAAUUGGUAUGUGGCAUGGCGAGAACGUUUCUGGCGGCCUUGAAGGCUUCACAAUGGCGGCUUUAACACGCGCCCUAAAAUGGACGCCCACCGAGGUUGAAGAUUUUCUCGUUGAUGUGCGGGACAAUAUCCAGGAUAGGACCAUCCAUGCGUGGUGGCCAGCGUAUUGCAUCAUCGGACGCAAACCAUAUUAGUUGGUGGGUACUCGGCGCCUGAUUCCUACUAUGGCCUCUGUCUCUUCCGACUCUGACCUAGGCUUCAUUGAUAGACCCGUGAAGUCGAUGGAAAUAAGGAAUUCGAGAGGAACGGUCUUACAUCCAGUAUGCCCACCUUCAACUUCACAGACUUGCGUCCACAGGGCUGUCCGUUUUUGACGAGGAGUUCGGCAAGCGGGACCCGUAACUUGCGAUCAAAGAUUG